AUGGAGGACGACUCCGUAUCACUUGGUAACGGAUUAUUCAUCGAUGAACUCUGCAAAUUAAGAGUUUUAAAUCCUGAAAUUGCAACCCGAACACAGCAACUCAAUGGAGAAUGUAAAGAAUUCGUUGAUAAAAUCAACGAAUUUCAAAGGAUUGUCGGUGGGUUCAUUUCGAUGGUUAGCGAUUUGGCCACACAAGUGGAAAAUGAGAAAAUGAAGGCAAUUGGAUGUCGUAACCUUCUGAAGUCUAUAGCCAAAGAAAGAGAAACCAAAAGGCAGCAACUACUAGCUUUAAUAACUGAGAAAAAAAUGCAACUAGAACGGUUAAAUACCCAAUAUGAAUCCCUACUAAAAGUUGAAGCGGAUCAAAACGAGUUUAUUGAACAGUUUAUUAUGCAAAAAUAA